AUGGUGGGCAUUCGUCCACGCAGCCCCAGCGCCUGCCCUGCGCCCUGGGGGGGACCACAGCCUGAAGGACCUGGCCCUGCCAAGCGCCGCCGACUAGACGACCCUGCAGACCCCGCAGAGCCCCCGGCGGCACCCAACCUGCAAAACUCUGCAGCAGCAGCCAACGCCACCGCGCUCCCCUCCGUGGUGGUUCUGGCCGCGGGCUGCUCCUUGCAGGUACCCAUGGACGACGGCGACCUGGUGCUACAACCUGCGCCAACCUCGGUCCUGCAAGUCAAUCUCCAAGGACACAACCUCAUUCUGAUCCCUGAGGGCCUCUUGGGAGCCAGGGACCAACGCCCAGGAGGCCAGGGAGACUGUCCUGAAGACCCGGAACUGGGCGCCGUCCUGAGACCCCUCGGUGAGAACAUGGUCGUCGAGCAGGGAUUCUUCUGCGAAGUUAUCCCAGAUAUCGUCAGAAAAAUAGAGGCCUUCGAGGAGCAAUGGAUGGACCCUCCAGCCGGCCAGCAGGGGCCCAUCCCAUAUCUCCCUGCUUGGGCCCCCACCCCUAGUCCAGUGAGGCGCUCUUCUAAUCCCGCCUACGACGUGGAUUUCCACCUUAUGAGGCCCUUCCCCACCUCACCACUGCAACCUCUACCUCCCUCUCCAAGUUCAAGUCCCCAGGCCUGUCCGCAGCGCUCUCCAGGCCCUAGGAGCAAAGCCUGCAGACGUCUGUUCUAG